UCUCAAUGGAUUUAGAUGAAGAAGAACAACCAAUUCUCCAUUUUAACUAUAACUAUGAUGAGGCUGCUGAAAUAGACUCUUCAUUGAAAACUAGAUUGAAAUUCAUAAAAAAAGUAAGGAUUUAGCUAAUUCUAGGUAUAUUUGAUCAUCAAUAUCUAAAUAUUUAUUUCCGGAGCAUUAUCAUUAUUGCAAAUUUCUUACCGAGACUAAUAAGAAAUAAAAGAGGUGGAAUAUUUGAUUUUUGCAAUUGUUGCCCUAUUUGCCUUUUCCUCAAUGUGUUUCCUACUUUGUAAAUAGCGAUUUGCAAGAAGAGCUCCAAACAAUUAUAUUUUAUUAAUCUUCAAUAUGUUAACUUCUGGUUUUGUAAUUUCAGAAAUAAUUUUCUUUGUUACUGUGUCAAAUGAUAAAAUUUCAAGUAAUAGAUUUUAUACAUUUUAUUAGAUGACCUAAUAACUAAAGCAAUAUAAAUGACCUUUUUAAUCUUUACAGCAUUAACAAUACUUGCUUGGACUAGUUAAGACAAUUUUUCAAUUAAGAAAAACAUUUUAUUGUCCUUUUCUCUUUGUUUAACUUUGCUUUUAUUAUUCUAUUACUAAUUCGAAACAAAAGAAAGAGUCAUAUUUUUUAUCAUUUUAGCAAUAUUUCUAUAUUCAGUUUACAUCAUCAAUGGCAUUAAGCAGAUAUUUGAUAAAAAGGUAUAUAUAUUCAUUAUAUCAACAGAGACAUAGUCUUCAGAAAGAUGAUUACAUUCUUGGAGCACUCUUUAUGAACUUCGAAUUUAUGUAUAUAUACGAAGACCUUUCUGAAUAUUUUUAAGAUAUAUUUUGGAAAAAGAAAUGAAAUUAAUAAGAAAUUAAUUAUGCCC